CAACAAUGAAAAAUCUAAAAAAAAGAAAACGUAUGGUUGUCACUUAUUGUCAAGAAAUAAAUAAGUAGGCUAAAUAAUUAAAUUUUGAAAGAAAAAUAUUUUUGAAUAAUAUAAUUUAUAAAUUCUAAAAUCGAUUUUAUACUUUCCAACGAUGCUUUUAUGGAUUUUCAUUUCAUCAGAUAUGUAUGUGUAUUUAUUAAAUCUGGUUGGGGACAGCUCGGAACCAAUCAGACGAUUUGGACUUCGCAAAUGACCUAGACACCAUAUCCAUACACACGAACAAAUGCAGAUGAAGACAACCAGUGUAGAAACAUCUUCUGCAUCAAUAGACCCCAACAUACACAAAGGAAAUAGCAAGAUCCUCAAGUACAACAAGGAUAUCACCAAUCCAACUACACUUGAUGGGGAAACUCUGGAAAGUGUGGAAUCUUUCAUGCAUCUGCGAAGCAUCAUCGAUGAACAAGGAGAGUUGGAUGCAGACAUUAUGGCGAGGAUUAGUGAAGCAAAAGCCGUAUUCCUACAGUUGAAUAACAUAUGGAACUCAAAACAACUGUCAACCAAUAUCAAAGUCAGAAUCUUCAAUACGAACGUUGAAGCAGUUCUAUUGUAUAUAGCUGAAACUUGGAGAACUGCUACAACCAUCGUGAAGAACGUGCAAGUAUUUAUAAAUAGUUGUCUACACAAGAUACUCAAUAUCCUUUGACUGGAUACCAUCAGCAACAGCCUACUGUGGGAGAGGGCGAAGCAGGUCCGAUCUGAAGAGGAAAUUAGGAGAGGACGUUGGAAGUGAAUAGAACAUACAUAAUAGUAAUCACCAAACUGCAUCACGAGGCAAGCCGUUGCUUGGAAUGAUGAAGGGAAGCGGAGAAGUGGAAGAGCAAAGAACACAUGACGUCGGGAAAUAGAAGGAGAUAUGAAAAGGAUAAAUAACAAGUGGAAAGAGCUGUAAAGGAUUGUCUAGAACAUUGUUGGAUGUAGAGUG